UCUUCUAAGAUUUGCAGAUAAAUGGCUCAACAUUACCACUUAUCUUCUCUUUCACUACUUACAUUUCUCAAUUUAUUCUUCAUUUAUGGCAACAUAACUGGAGCAACUGCACGACACCUUCUAGGGACGCCCCUCCCUGAGAUACCUAAACCAGAACUCCCCAAAGUGCCAGCGUUGCCAAAGCCUGAAAUCCCAACUGUGCCGAAACCUGAGUUUCCAACCAUACCAAAGCCUGAGAUACCAACUUUCCCGAAGCCCCAAUUACCAACUUUGCCAAAGCCUAAGAUGCCUGAGAUUCCCCCAAUGCCAAAACUAGAGUUUCCUCCCUUGAAAAAGUCAGAAAUCCCAGCAGUGCCAAAGACUGAGGUUCCUCCGGCUAUGAAAAAACCUGAAGUUCCAACUUUACCGAAGCCCGAGCUACCGAGUGUGCCAAAGCCAGAAAUUCCAAAACUACCAAAGCCAAAGGUCCUAGAACUUCCAAAGCCAGAAGUACCAACUAUGCCGAAGCCUAAAAUCCCAGAAUUACCAAAGCCAAAAGCCCCCAAGCUUCCAAAGCAAAAAGUCCCAACAAUGCCAAAGCCAGAAGAACUAACUAUGCCAAACAAUGAAAUCCCAAAACUACCAAAGCCUGAAGUACCAAAAAUGCCAAUGCCUGAAAUCCCAGAAGUACCAAAGCCAAAAGUCCCAGAACUUCCGAAGCUAGAAGUACCAACUAUCCCAAAGCCUGAAAUCCCAGAACUACCAAAGCCAAAAGUCUCUGAGCUUCCAAAGCUAAAAGUUCCAACAAUGCCAAAGCCUGAAAUUCCAGAACUGCCUAAACCAACUCUUCCUUCACUUUCUCCACCAUACAAACCCGCUACUCCUUGAGUAAAUUAUAUGCUACUUUCAUUCUAUAAGAAAGUACCCAACUGAUGUUUUGAGAUUUCCAUCUCAGUCUAUGAAAUUUGCCACCCGAGUUGUGUCAUUGAGAUAGCAUUGGAUACUUUCUGCUAGGAGUAGAAAUUUUAAUUCUUUUAUAAUAGUUUUUGAAUUGGAUGUACCGAGUUUGUCGUGUUAUUAUAAUAUAUGAGUGUUUUAUGCA